AUCCUGUGCGGCCCACUCUCCUGACCCUCAACCUGACGCGUGCGGUGCGCUCCCGCCUCCUGAGCUCUCCUCGCGCUGUGUGUGUCCGCCGCGCGCUCCAGCCAGCAAUUCCCGUGCAGAGGGGAGACCGCCGAACGCCGACAUGUCGGGUGACGAUGAGCAGCAGGAGCAGACCAUUGCCGAGGACCUUGUGGUCACCAAAUACAAGAUGGGGGGCGACAUCGCCAACAGGGUCCUGCGUACACUCGUGGAAGCAGCUACUCCAGAGGCUUCCAUACUAAGCCUCUGUGAAAAGGGAGAUGCUUUGAUAAUGGAGGAAACUGGCAAAAUUUUCAAAAAGGAGAAGGAAAUGAAAAAAGGUAUUGCCUUUCCAACAAGUAUAUCUGUUAAUAACACUGUGUGCCACUUCUCCCCUCUGAAGAGUGAUCAAGAUUAUCUUUUGAAGAAUGGUGAUCUGGUGAAGAUUGACUUAGGCGUCCAUGUAGAUGGCUUCAUUGCUAAUGUUGCCCACAGCUUUGUUGUUGGUGCCUCCAAGGAGUCUGUGGUGACUGGUCGUAAAGCAGAUGUUGUUAAGGCUGCUCACCUUUGUGCAGAAGCUGCUCUCCGCCUGGUGAAGCCAGGAAAUCAGAACACACAAGUAACCGAAGCAUGGAACAAGAUUUCUCCUUCUUUUAACUGUAAUCCAAUUGAAGGAAUGCUUUCGCAUCAGUUAAAACAACAUGUUAUUGAUGGAGAGAAGACCAUCAUUCAAAACCCUACUGACCAGCAAAAGAAGGACCAUGAAAAGGCAGAAUUUGAAGUUCAUGAAGUUUAUGCUAUUGAUGUUCUUAUUAGUACUGGGGAGGGAAAGGCAAAGGAUGCUGGACAGAGAACAACAAUUUACAAAAGGGAUCCAACUAAGCAGUAUGGACUGAAGAUGAAAACCUCUCGUGCCUUUUUCAGUGAAGUUGAGAGACGUUUUGGUGCCAUGCCAUUUACUCUUAGGGCAUUUGAAGAUGAAAAGAAGGCAAGGAUGGGUGUGGUGGAAUGUGCAAAGCAUGAAUUGCUCCAACCUUUCAACGUACUCUAUGAAAAGGAAGGAGAACACGUUGCACAGUUUAAGUUUACAGUUCUGUUGAUGCCUAAUGGCCCCAUGAGAAUAACAAGUGGUCCCUUUGAGCCAGAUUUCUACAAGUCUGAGCUUGAGGUACAGGAUACAGAGUUGAAGGCACUUCUCUCAAGUUCAGCUAGCCGAAAGACCCAGAAAAAGAAGAAAAAGAAGGCUUCAAAGAAUGCAGAGCAAGCCACUGCUGAAGAUAAUGAAGGCACAGAGUGAGGAAAUCUAGAUCCAAAGGUGUUUGACUUCGACCUGCCAGUUUAUUUUUAGUACCUGAGUUUUUUCUUUUUUUUUGCCUCUCCCCUCUCCCAACGAAAUGAAUUGAAACUGAAAAAAGGGCUUUGUUGGUGAUCUAACAGAGUACUAUUGGAUCCUGGCCUCCCCUCCCAUCCUCUUUGGAUACAAACAUGGACGCGGAGGAAAAGACCUCUUUGGAAUUCACACCAGACUACUUUACCAAAAGAAUAUAUAAAUACAACCAAUAAAAUCAGGCAUAUAAACCAGUCUUUAGACCCUCUUUAUAAAAGAAUUUUGAUAUUUUGUAGGAUUGGGACAGUCCAUUGUUUAAGUUGAAAACCACUGCUGUCACAAAACUUGCAUUCAUUUUUGUCUGUUUUUGACUUUAAACCACAAGUCUAUUUAUCAUUCCUUUGCUGUUCUUACCCUUGCUUGAUUGUUCCCUAUAGCUGUGUUUCUAUUACUGAGAUGGGGACCUCCAGUAUGCAGUUUGCAGGACACACCGUGCACCACAAAUUUUGUGAACAUUGGAAAUACUUUAUUCAAACUGAUGAACAGUGCUCUUUAACCCUUAACUUGGUGGCGAUCCUAGAGCUGGUACUGCACUUGUAACAUAUCUGGUUUCAUCCCAGUGUAUUCUUGCUGAUACCAAAGUGUAUUUCCAAUUUUCACAUAAUGCCUGCCACUAGUAUGGCCAUCUCCUGAAGGUUUUUAUUUUAAACCGGCCAAGUCAAUUGGCAACUCGGUUUAUGGUAAAAUGCUGCUUCUCUAUGCUCAACUGGAAUGAUGUUAGGAUUGCAGAGGCUAGAGUAAAAUUCACAUCUGAAAAUCUGCAUUCCACACGUAUCUAGUCUGUUGAGCAGAUUCAUCAGCCUAUCCCCUCUCUGGUUUCCAUGUCAAUUUUUGCAACUGCAGGAUUGAAAUCGUAUGAUACUGUACAUGCAUAUACAACAUAUAUGAGCUUCAGUGUUUUCCUGUGUGAGUCCAAUGUUAUGUGCACUAAAAUUUACUUUUUAUCCUGAUCUCAUGUUCAGCUAUUGAUAAGUGCUGUGAGAAUACAAGCACAGGGUCUGCCCAUUGCAGGAUUGUUUUCAAAGGUCCAGCUUGAUGAAGUGACUAACUAGUGAGCUUGUAUUCUGCAACAAGCAUGCCAUCUGAAAAGUCUGCACUUUUAUUGUGCAGAGUUCUAGAUCAAUAACUCAGUGGCUGUAAAGUUAGGGCUUGGAUUAAAGCCCUGGAGCUUGCACCUUUUAAAACAAGUUGGAAAUUGUAGCUCCAUUUUUUUUUUUUUUUUUUAAUUGCAGGUACAAGGGCACACUUAGACCAAUUCAUAUUUUAAAAGUAAGAGAAUGUUGCAUGUAAAAGUCCUUCUUUCUUCUUCUUUUUUUUUUUUUAGGGAAUGGGAAAAGGAAGCAGAUUUUUCUAUUAUAGCAACUGUUGUACUUCACCCGUCCUUGUAUGAAUUGGUAAUAACAAAUGCAAUCAUGUCCUUAUUUUUCUUUAUUAAUUGACUGAUCUAGUCCUUCUUUUCUGCAAAUGGUGGCAUUUGAUUAGGGUUUCGUUUUUAAAAUGUCAUGUAUUUUCCAUCAGCUAUGCUCGGUACUAAUCCCUGACUAGUAGGUGGUAUCUAAAUAUUACUAGUGUGACCUGUAGCGUGGCAGACUGCAUGUGGCUGUAGUUUAAAGAAUAGAAUGUAUACAUGCAUUGAAGAUCAUAUAUGGUUAUACUGUGAAAAUGCAGUAACUCCUCUUAAGCAUUCUCUGUCACUAAAAAUACAGCAAUACCUGUGGGAUGGUUUAUCAUCAAAAGGUUUCAAAUAUGUAUGGUUGCUUUUUUUUUUUUUUCUUCUUCUAAUCAGUGCUUUCAGAUUGUUCCAUUUAAAAAAAAAAUGGGCUUUUUGCUGUGGGUCCUGCUUAAUUGGCCCAGCAAACCCUGCUUUCAUCUGUUUUGUUUUAAUAUUAACCAUGCAUCCAUCCAUCCCCCACACAUUGUGGGGAAAAUAUAUAUUUUUAUAUCAUGUAAUAAACUAGCUUUUACAGAUCACAUCUAUGUAGUUCUGGACCUGUGAGGAAUAUGGGGUUACCACACUCCUCCUAAAACUGAUCCUUGGCCACUUCAUGCUCUGUCCUUAGUGGGACAGGCAUGUCCGUCAGGGACUUCAAAGUGAUGUUACAUCUUAUCUUUAAGUUUAGUUUGGCUGGAAAGGGUUCAGAUCAAGACUCCUAAGCAGCUGGAUAUUUUGAAGUUGUAAUAACACUUAUUUAACUUGUCUGUCAUUCAAAGGGACAAUGUUUUUCCUUUUUUACAUGAAAAGGGACUAUUGGUGCGCGUACCGUGUUUGCUGAUGGAGGUCAUAGGUUGUGAUUGCCCUGUGGUGCAAUUCCAGUCUAGGAUGGUGAUAUCACUGUGAUUGCAGGAAGGAAAUAUUUAAUUUUCUACUCAUUUUACUAUUAGAUAUGUAUUUCUUGGAAAAAUGCCUGCAAGUUAUGUUAAAAUUCCCUUGCAAUCUGUAUAUUUUCCCAAAUAAAUUUGGAACUGACUGGUAAAUUUUGGCAAA